AUGUCAUCCAGUAAUACUACCACUAGAUCGACAGUAGGGUUUAGAUCUGGUUCAGGUAUAAUGAACCCAGAUUUUGAGAAGUUUAACCCAGGACAUGUUGUGAACGUUGGCUCUCAUAAAGUUGAAAUUGUGGCAUACCUAGCUGAAGGUGGAUUUGCUCAAAUAUACACUGUAAAAUUUAUAGAGUUGCUUAAUGAAUUGGAUAUCUUAAAGAAUGAUAACGACACGAACAAGAAAGAUAAGGAUACAUUGAAUAUAGGUGAUAUUGCGUGUUUGAAACGUGUAAAAGUUAACGAUGAUAACGGACUUAGUGAAAUGAAGAACGAAAUCGAGGUUAUGAAGAAACUAAGUCGUUCAUCAAAUAUAGUUCAAUAUUAUGACUCUAAUGCUACUAAAUUACAAAAUAGCUCUGCGGGUUAUGAAGUGUUUCUAUUGAUGGAACUUUGUCCCAACAAAUCCCUCCUAGAUUUCAUGAAUGAUAGAUUAGCUUCCAAAUUAUCUGUCGAUGAGAUAUCUAAAAUCAUGUAUGAUGUUACAUUAGGUCUAUCUCAGAUGCACUACUUAACAACACCAUUAAUUCAUAGAGAUAUUAAAAUCGAAAAUGUGUUAGUUGAUAAGGAUAAUAAUUUCAAAUUGGCAGAUUUUGGCUCCACUACAAGUAUAAAACCUAUUGCAUUGAACGAUCAAGAGAUUGCGAUAGCAACACAGGAUAUAUUUAUACACACGACCCCACAAUACCGAUCUCCAGAAAUGAUUGAUCUCUAUAGAUUUCUACCCAUCAAUGAGCCUUCCGACAUUUGGGCAUUAGGUGUGUUUUUAUACAAAUUGUUAUUUUACAUCACACCAUUCGAAAUGACUGGUCAAUUUGCUAUCCUUCAUGGUAGAUUUGUAAUCCCAGAAAAUAAAUACCCAAUAGAAUUUACCAACCUCAUCACUGCAAUGUUGAUGGAAAACCCACAUAUGAGACCUAACGUUUAUCAAGUGUUGGAGACGAUAUGUAAGUUUAGAAAUAUGGAUGUACCUUUAUUUGAUAGAUAUGGAUAUGGUGCCUAUAAUUUCCAAACAUGUUUGGAUUACAAAAUUCAACUGAAUGAUAUACAGAAGAAUCUUUUAACGAUAGAACAAUCACAUCUAAUGGGUACAUCCACGGACCUCAAUUUAUAUAAUGGAAUCUUUACUAACCUAUAUGAGGUUGCACCAAAAAUUGAUCAGACUGAGUCCCUAAGAGUUAUUAAACAAUCAGGAGAAAGAAAGAUUUCGGAUACGUCCUAUCCCUCAGGUAGUGAGAACAAACAAGAAAUUGUCAAUAUACCAUUUAAUAAUCAAAAUAACGAUGGCGCAUCAACCGUGAGAGGUAACAGUAAUAACCCACAAAAACUACAGUCACAACAACAGUUCUACCAGGGUGGUGUAGAUGAGAGUAGGAUCAGUAAUGACACAACAUAUUAUCCAAGUAUCAAUGAAAUCAACGACUAUGCUGCAAAAGAGUUUGGAAACAAUAUGAAUGUUCUCCCAGUAUCACAACUAGAUUCAACCUCUAAUAGAAAUAGCGCCAGUGAUGGUAAGGCAAAUUUCAGUAUGUUACCUACUAUAACUACCCAAAGUGAAAGAAAUAUAAAUACGUUUUUCCCAUCAGGUAGGAAUGGUUCCAUCCAUAGUAAUGUUUUAAACAAUGCCAAUAGUAAUAAUGUUACCGAAUCAGUUUAUGAAUAUAAUACCAACAACGAACCCACUCGAAGUUCUACCAAAGGAAAAACCCAUAAAUCGAACAACCCAUUUCCAUAUUUCAAAUCUGAGAUUAACGUUUCAGAUAAUGGUCAAUCAUCUACAAAUUAUUUUACUGAUCAUACUAAUCUAGACCAAAAAAAGAGAAACUCAGUACUGAAUCCAGGGAUGAAUGUGUAUGAAGCUCAAAGUCCAACCACUUAUGAUGCAGUCAGUCCCACAACAUAUGGUAAUUUACACCCACCUCCUAAUCUUGAUAAUAUAUUUGCCUCUACGCCAAAUAUGACAGUUGGGGUACCGCCAAAAAGUAAUGAUAGUAGAGGUAAACAGUUGUUCCGUAAUGCUGUCCCUUCGACUAAUCAAAACAAAAAUGUUUCUGCUUCAAAUAACAAUACCACUGCACAACCAUUUCAAUAUGUACCCCAAUCAAACAUUGGGGCCAUAAAUCAAGAUUCUUCAACAGUGAAUAUGACCCAAUUCAAUACCCAAAAUAAUAAUAAGAAAUUGGCUAAUGUAGAAUUUCCUGAUUUAAUCGAUUUAAAAGAAACCGCAUCACCGACACCACCACCUCUUCCUCAAAAAAAACGGAAUGAUGAGAAUAAUGGGUAUUUGAAAGUUGAACAUAAACCUUUAGAUUUAAGUAUCAAUGAGAUGUCACUCUCACCAGACAUCGGAGCUGAAGAAAUAUCUAGAGAUAUGAGACGAAGUAGAAGUGCAGGUAUUAGAAGAAACUAUGCGGAGGAGAGAGGGGGACCUCUUUCGGUCAACAACGACAAGGGGUACAAGAGUGGUCAUGACACUUCCAAUGUAGAUAAAGAUGCUGAUAAUGAUUUAAUGAGCGAAGAAAGUAUAUCUGAGAUGAAGAUUCCAAAUAUCAAAAGGAUGAUAGAGGAUGACUUAGCUAGUGAACAUUCCAGCGAGAGUAUAGAUAUUAAUAUGGAUGCAGCUAGACGAAAAUCUAGUUUACUCAAACCUGUGUCCAAGGAUUCAUCUCCAUCUGUUACUGGACCAAAUACUAAGAACCAUACAAGAAACGUAUCUUUGUUAUCAGAAAAUUCAGAUAUUGCACCACUCAAAAAAUUCGAAGACACUAGAGGUAAUAGUGUUACAAGACCAGGCCGUCAUUCAUUAGAUUUGAAAUACGAAGAGAUCAAUUUCACAAGAAGAAACCAAGAACAACUCGACAAGACAUUACAAGGGAUCCAGAAGGUGAAGACUAACCCGCAUACCCUAUCGUCAACCUCGAAUAACCUUCAAAAUGGGAACGGAUCAACUACUAGUUUCGACUCUAAAGAAAGACCAUUAUCACGAGUUCGUCAAUCGUUAGAUAUCGACAGACUCCGGAAGGACCAAUUUGGGGGCAAAUCCAAAAGUAGUAAACGUUCUCUGUUCUCCAUGUUUAAAUAG